AAUUGAUAUAACUAUUGAUAAUUAUGAUCAACAAAAAGAAAAUUCAGAAAAUUUUAACGAAAUGUCUACAGAUAUAAAUAAGGAUUUACACAUAGACAACAUAGAUUUUACUGAGCAUAGAACUAUUGAUAAUAGUAGUCUUUUGACACGUAUAAGUUUAAUACCAACGCAGAACAUUGAUAAUUCCUUUGAGAACCAAUUUUUCAAUGGUACAAGUUUUAACGAUCCGAGCUUAUUAUGA